AUGUCGACGUCGGCGGGGUACGAGUUGCCGUGGGUCGAGAAGUACCGACCGCGGUACCUGCGCGACGUGGUCGGCAAUGCGGCGACGAUCGAGCGGCUCCAAGCGAUUGAGGAGCAUGGCAACUGCCCGCACCUCCUCGUGUCUGGCAUGCCGGGCAUUGGAAAAACGACGAGCGUGCAUUGCCUUGCGCAUGCGCUCCUGGGCGAUGCGUACAAGGAGGCUGUUCUCGAGCUGAACGCGUCAGACGACCGCGGCAUUGACGUCGUGCGCAACAAAAUCAAGGCAUUUGCGCAGAAAAAGGUGUCGCUGCCGCCGGGGCGGCACAAGAUCAUUGUGCUGGACGAGGCGGACAGCAUGACGCCCGGUGCGCAGCAGGCCCUGCGCCGAACGAUGGAGAUUUAUGCGCAAACGACGCGCUUCUGUUUUGCAUGUAACCAGUCGAACAAGAUUAUCGAGCCGAUUCAGAGUCGGUGUGCGAUUCUGCGGUUUGGACGCGUGAGUGACGAGGAGCUGCUCCGGCGCCUCGUCGAGAUCUGCGAGGCGGAGAAGGUGCAGUACUCAGACGAAGGCCUCGCAGCGAUUGUAUUCACGUCUGAGGGAGAUAUGCGGCAGGCCGUGAACAAUCUGCAGUCGACGUGGAUGGGUCUGGGCUUUGUGAGCCCGGACCAUGUGUUUACCGUGUGUGACCAGCCGCAUCCGCUGGUCGUGCGCGAACUGCUCGAGCGGUGCCAGGCAGGCGAUGUCGAUGCGGCGCUCGACAAGCUCGAGCACCUGUGGUCGCUGGGGUACGCGAGUCUCGAUAUCAUCACGACGCUCUUCCGCGUCGUCCGCACGAUGGACACGCUCCCUGAGGCGCGCCAGCUCGAGUAUAUCCGUGAGAUUGGCUGGACGCACAUGCGCACGCUCGAGGGCGUGGCGACUUUCCUGCAGCUGAGUGCGCUCGUAGCGCGUCUCGCCAAAUGUUCUAUGGAUCCGCGGUGCUUUGCCACAUAG